GUGCUACAAGUCAACGACCGUCCACAACAAGGUAACUCCAUGAACUUGAGUCGGCUUGUCAUCUGUCUCUUCGUCUCUUGAUAAAAGACAAACGAGAGAAUUAUCGAAUGACUGUAUUGUCUCACAGUCCAACGUGAUGUAUUCCAGACAUUGGACCAUACUAUUUUCCGUGUGCAUCUUAAUAGAAAAGAGUGACUUGAAGAUUCGAUCACUAUGUGACUUUUCUUUUAUAACCCCUGGAAUAAUCAACGAACAGUUGUUGUAUCAUGACAACCCAGACUUAAAUUUUUAUUAUCUGUGGAAUAAGUCGGCCAAGUCAGCCAUUGAUUAUCACCAAGAAGUCUGCGCUGAUAGAUGUGAGAACGGAGUGAAAGUAAAUAGAAAUACGUUCAACUUGAAUGUCCACUGUUUGGACUGUGACUGCAAGAGACCGGCUUGUGAACUCUAUGGCAUCUGUUGUGAGGAUAUCUCGUCCAGUCCCACGUCUUUGAUAGUCUCGAAAGUUCUUUCUCCAGCCUCGCCAACUUUAUACUGUGACGAUGCGUCCAUUUCAAAUUUCCCCAUGCUUUGUAUUCGCUCGUGCCCCAGUGGUUAUGAUAAGGAAGAGGUGAGACGACUUUGUCAAGAAGAUGUCAAUGUGACACAGACGACGUUGGACACGUUCUUGAGAGUCGUUGAUGUAGAGACCGAGGUGGUCUAUUACAACUUGUACUGUGCAAUCUGUAAUAAUGUCAGCGAGCCUAUACAUCUGAGACUGAAUAGCAGCUGUUCGAGUCUCUCUCUGGUCUAUAAGGCUGAGACGCCCGACGAACUGCUCAGGCUAUUGUUGUUAAAUAGACCAGAGUGUCGGGUUUAUCAGCUUUGGGAGUUUCACUUCAGGCCAUUUGAAUGCUACAUGGAUCAGACAUUCGCGUAA